CCCCUCUCUUUCUGCUUUGUGUCUGUGAGGUCCCACUUUAGCCAGCCCAGCCUGUGCCUGUCUCUCUCUGUCUUUGAGCCUAUCCAGCAAUGAUGCAAACCUCUAAGCAAACUACAUACUCGGUGCGCACCCAGCAGUCAAGUGGCAAAGGUUCUGUAUACAGGGCCCCAACUAUCCACGGUGGAGCCGGAGGGAGCCGUGUCAGCAUCUCAUCUAGUGUGCGCAGUGGGCUGGGAGCAGGAAUGGUCCAGGGAGCGGGGGGCUUCUCCAGCAGCAUCCAGGUGAGCGGCAGCGGAAGCAACAUCACAGGAAACGAGAAGUUCGCCAUGCAGAACCUCAACGACCGCUUAGCCAACUACCUGGAGACGGUCAGGAACCUGGAGCAGGCCAACCAGAAACUAGAGAUUAAGAUCAAGGAGGCCAUGGCCAAGAGUGGACCAGACUUCAGAGACUACAGCAAGUACCAGGCCAUCCUGGAUGAUCUCAGGAGAAAGGUGUUCGAUGCCACCAUGGACAAUGCCCGCCUGGUCCUCAGCAUUGACAAUGCUCGCCUGGCAGCCGACGACUUCAGAGUGAAAUUCGAGUCUGAACUGGCUAUCCGCCAAUCUGUGGAGGCCGAUAUUGUUGGUCUGAGGAAAGUGAUCGAUGACACCAACAUGAGUCGCAUGAACCUUGAGAGCGAGAUUGAAACCCUGAAGGAGGAGCUCAUCCACCUUAAGAAGAAUCAUGACAACGAAGUAAUGUUGCUUCGUAGCCAAAUCGCCCAGUCGGGAGUCCACGUUGACGUUGACGCUCCUAAAGGACAAGACCUCGCUCAAAUCAUGGCAGAGAUAAGGGCUAAGUACGAGAAGAUGGCCCAGAAAAACCAAGAUGAACUAAAAGCAUGGCAUGAAUCUCAGAUGACAGAAGUACAGACCCAGGUCACAGUAAACACAGAGGCCCUGAAAAGUUCCCAGACAGAGUUGAAUGAUCUACGCAGACAGCUUCAAACCUUGGAGAUCGAGUUGGAGUCCCAGAGGAGCUUGAAAGCAUCCCUGGAAGGCACGCUGAGAGACACAGAGAUGCGUUACAACAUGGAGAUCGAGUCCCUCAACAGCAUUAUUUUAAGCUUGGAGUCUGAACUCACACAGCUCCGUAACAACAUCCAGUUGCAGACCCAAGACUACGAAACACUGCUCAAUAUGAAGAUGAAGCUGGAGGCCGAGAUUGCGACUUAUAGACGGUUGCUGGAUGGUGGAGAUUUCAAGCUUCAGGAUGCCCUGGAAGAGCAGAAAUCAGUGAAGACCAAGGUCAUGACAGUGACUCAAACUCUGGUGGAUGGCAAGGUUGUGUCCUCCAGCACAGAAACCAAGAACCUUUGAAAACCUGAGGCGGCCAUCAAACACUCGCAGAAAUAAAAAUAACAAUAAAUUCAAUUGGGCCAAAGCUGAUCUUUUACUUCAAUUGGCUCGUGGCUUCUUAGUUAAACAGUAACUAACCCUUAGAUUCGAAAACCACUGCAGUGAUUAUCUUGACUUCUUUAGAGGAACCCCUCCAGAGGCUGACUGAAUGGAAAACUGGACCAGAAGAAAACAAAUUCAUCUGUUAUUUAUUUCAUCAUAGACAUUCUGCUAUUUAUGUUUGUCUGCUGGCCGGCAGAUGUCUGCUCAUAUUAUAAGGCGAGCAGAGGGAUGUUUUAAAAUAAGGUUAAACAAAGGCCAUCAAUGGUAAAAAAUACAUAUCAAUUUUUUGACAUCCUUGGUUUUUCUUUAUGUCCAGUUUGGUCUGUCUGUCUGUCUGACUGUUGUGUUGUGAGGUUAAGACAUAUCAAUAAAAUUCAUUCCAAGGA